CUGAAGAAGAGGAAGGAGGAGUGACCGCCAGAAGGUCAUAAGCAUCUUGGCCGCUAGGUGUCGCGCUGAGCCCAGACUGACGGUGACGCAACACGGCGCGGAGCAGAGGAAGAGACGGCAGUUAGAUACCGCACCUUCGACCAAGGUAAAGCAUGGCAAUGACCGGCCAGAGCUCGUGCUCCUCCAUGAGUAACCACACCAAGGAGCGGGUCACCAUGGCCAAAGUGACCCUGGAGAACUUCUACAGUAACCUCAUCGCGCAGCACGAGGAGAGAGAGAUGAGGCAGCAGAAGCUGGAGAAGGUGAUGGAUCAGGAGGGCUUGGCUGAUGAAGAGAAACGAAUGCGGCGUUCUCAGCAUGCGAGGAAAGAGACAGAGUUUCUGCGUCUGAAACGCACUCGACUGGGUCUGGAGGACUUUGAGUCCCUGAAGGUGAUUGGUCGAGGAGCCUUCGGAGAGGUUCGUCUGGUGCAGAAGAAAGACACCGGUCACGUCUAUGCCAUGAAGAUCCUCCGCAAAGCUGACAUGCUGGAGAAAGAGCAGGUCGGUCAUAUCCGUGCUGAGCGGGACAUCCUGGUAGAGGCUGACAGCCUGUGGGUGGUCAAAAUGUUCUACAGCUUCCAGGAUAAGAUGAACCUCUACCUCAUCAUGGAGUUCCUGCCUGGAGGAGACAUGAUGACUCUGCUGAUGAAGAAGGACACUCUGACAGAAGAGGCCACUCAGUUCUACAUAGCAGAGACGGUGCUGGCCAUCGACUCCAUCCACCAGCUGGGCUUCAUUCACAGAGACAUCAAACCAGACAACCUGCUGCUGGACUCCAGGGGUCACGUGAAGCUGUCGGACUUCGGUCUGUGCACGGGGCUGAAGAGGGCUCACCGUACCGAGUUCUACAAGAACCUGAACCACAGCCUGCCCAGUGACCUCAGUAAGCAAACCUUCCAGAACAUGAACUCCAAGAGGAAAGCAGAGACCUGGAAGAGGAACAGGAGGCAGCUGGCUUUCUCCACAGUGGGAACCCCCGACUACAUCGCUCCAGAGGUCUUCAUGCAAAAUGGAUACAACAAGCUCUGUGAUUGGUGGAGCCUGGGUGUCAUCAUGUAUGAGAUGCUGAUAGGUUACCCUCCGUUCUGCUCAGAGACGCCUCAGGAGACGUACAGGAAGGUGAUGAACUGGCGAGAGACGCUGACCUUCCCUCCAGAAGUGCCUAUAUCAGAGAAGGCCAAAGACCUCAUCCUCAGGUUCUGCUGCGAGGAGGAGCACAGGAUUGGUGCUGCAGGGGUGGAGGAGAUCAAGUCCAAUCCUUUCUUUGAGGGGGUGGACUACGACCAUAUCAGAGAGAGACCCGCUGCCAUUCCCAUAGAGAUCAAAAGCAUCGACGACACCUCAAACUUUGAUGAAUUCCCGGACUCCGAUAUUCUCACACCGACAGUCACCCCGGUGUCCAACCAGACCGAGGCCGACCUGAAAAACAAGGACUGGGUCUUCAUCAACUACACCUACAAACGCUUUGAGGGCCUGACUGCUCGAGGAGCCAUACCGUCCUACAUGAAGUCAGGGAAGAGAUGAACAGCUUCAGACAGGCUGUUAACCAAGUCCACCGUGAAACCUGAACGAGUCGUCCAAACCCCUGUUCUCUGAGGAACUUGAGCCCUGAAAGGAGAACUCUCUCUGUUACCUGAGUGAUGAGGAUUCUUGUCACGCGGGACUCAGCAAAUAAUAAAAGGGGCUCAAAUUCACCCGUUGCUUUCAACCAUAGGAACUGCUGCUGCCUUCAUUUCUGCGGGUCUUCACUUUCUCUGACGCUUCCGAGGGUACCUUCCUACUUCCUGCUCACGCGUGAAGACUGAACUGGGAUUAAAGGGACUGGGAUUCUCUCCACCUGCCUUCUUCACCAGCGGAUGCAGUGGGAUGUCUUCACUCCUGAUACCAGCAUCAUUUACAUUCCCUCUCUAUAAACCAGCACCAGCCUGAUGGACCUACCAAGGGCUCCUGUCCUUCCAAACCAGGACAUCCACUCCAGACUCAACAACUCAAACACUGCAUUAAGCCGUCACUUGUUGUGAAUCAGGUGCUCUUCAGGGAUUCUGUCCAAAUGUGUCUCGGGGUUUCCUACAAGAGCUCACUUCUCUGAAGUGACCUAACCAAAGACUGUGAGCUGAAUGGUGUUUCUGCUUGAUCUCUCUGUCACGUCACUUCUUGGAACUUAGAGAUGUCGUUUUUAUAGAUUGAUAUUUGCAAGGUUUGCUUGAUUAAUAUGCGUGAAUAUAUGAGAACGAUGCAUUUUGAUGUACAGACACAAGAGUCUUGUUACGUUUUCACCCACUUAUGUUCAAAUAACCUUUAGCACCUUAUGUGAUGCUUGAUCCAACUCCAGUACAGCCGGGCCUGCAGCUCGUUAGUUUGUGUUUUUAUCGGACUGGAAAAGUUCACGUGUGCCCUCGCACAAAUGUCUGCGUCUUGCUAUUUUAAUGCCAUGAACACGUCAUCAGGGUGGGAAAGCCCAGAUCAUCGUGAAACAAUACGUCUUCCCGUUCAAACUUCAACUAAUGCGACUCUUGUAGGGUGACCCACUCCACCCGGUCGGUGUUACGCAGACUGGAAACUGUGGUGCGGACGCCUGCUGCUGCUGCGGCUCUUUCGGUACCGGUGUUUCGCUUUAGGCUGGGCUGAUGAGCUUGUUGUGAUGCAGCAGAAAAAGCAAAACCUCGUGUCGAAAAUCGUUCCCAAUAAAAAACGGUUGGGUGAAUCACGCAGAGUAACGGGGACACGGUUGAGCUGCUUAGUGUGAACGAGACUCGCCACACGAUGCUGAGCAGCCGCCCUCAGGCCUCUGUUCAGUUUCUUGUGGGAAUCUCCGCCUCUGCUUGGCGUACUGCAUUCACUAGACAUUGGAUUGGUUUGAUUGAUGGACUUACGAGACGUUAUUUCUGUUUAGUGUUUUUAAUAUAUAUAUAUUUUGAUGUGUAAUAGCGGGAAGCUUAUUGCUUUUAUCAGGUUGUCACCUUGAAUGUGUGCGUUUGUUUGUUUUCAAGGCACUCGGCGUGUUUAAGGAGUGACUCCACAUCAGUGUGGAGUCACUCCUUAAAUUCAGAGGCACAGGGCUAAACACUUUCCAGUGAACACAAUAUCCAAAAUGCUGUCAUUUAAAAUGAAUGUAAAUGAAGUUUCAUGGAGAAAACUUUUUUUUUUUUUUUUUUUUGCCACAAUAAUUCCAAAAUGCUGUUUGUGUGAAUGUAGCCCGGACCACACACGUUGUUUCAUCUGCGUCCUGGCACAUGAGGGUUAACUGUGGAAGCCCAUUCCCCCAGAAACAGGAGGAAUGGUCAAAUAAAAUUAUAAUACGUUUCAGAAUUUCGCAGCAGUAGGUCAAAAUUCAAGUCAAACUUUGACUUACUCUCUUAAAUCUUUGGAUUCCUCUAGUAGUUUUUACUUUGUUUAAAUUGUCUGUUUUAUGUCUUAACUUUGUAAAUCUCAUAACUUAGAAUUCAAAACUUUGACCAUAUUUUGAGUUUUACACAAUUUUAACUUUAAAAGAUCCCUUCGGAGAUCAGAGACCUGGUAUUUUAUAAUUGACGUCUCGUCUCUCCUCCGGGCAGGAAUGGGCUUCCGUACGUAACGGUUCAGUCUGAAGGGUUUUCUUCUUGUCUGUAAUAUAAAACUUGGUGUAUUCAGGUAGUGUGUAGGCGAAGCUCAGCACAUUUUAGAAAAGCACGCAAUGGAGCCUCUCUCUGUGGCAGGACGUCACGGGAACGCUCCUGCUCCGCAUGCUUUACCCAACAGCGGACGAGUCGGCUUAAAGCAAUAGAGCACAUGGAUGACUUGUUUUAUUGAUGAUGCCGUGUGUGCGUGUGUGUAUGAAUGUGAUCAGUAAAAACAAUGCACAGUUGGACUGCUUGAAGACCUGUGUGUGAGGCUCAGAUGUGUGUGCGCUCUGCUCGUGUCACCACGUGUGGUCAGAGAGGCGGGGGGGGUUUUGGGAAGGUGGGUGUACAUUAUUUAAACCACUGUUCUCUUUGUAGCGUGUGGCUGUUGUUUUGUUUUCUGCUAUUUGACAAUGAAUUACUCUGCACUUAC